GUUUGUGUGAGAGUCCGGCAUCCGACCCCAGUGGGGAGGGGGCGAAUCGCAUUUAAAGGGCCAGUCCCAGAGUUGCCGGAAAGUUGUGUGGAGUUAGGGGGGCCGGCGGGGUCCUGUCAGGCGACACUCGCGUCGCGGCUCAGCGCGCCGCCACCCAACAGCAGCAGCAUGGAGCAGGCAGCACCGAGAAGCAAGCUGAAAAAGCUAAGUGAAGACAGCUUAACUAAGCAGCCUGAAGAAGUCUUUGAUGUUUUAGAGAAGCUUGGUGAAGGAUCUUAUGGUAGUGUGUUUAAAGCAAUACACAAGGAAUCUGGACAAGUAGUGGCAAUUAAACAAGUCCCUGUCGAGUCAGAUCUUCAGGAAAUAAUUAAAGAAAUUUCUAUAAUGCAGCAAUGUGACAGUCCCUAUGUUGUCAAGUACUAUGGCAGCUACUUUAAGAACACAGAUCUAUGGAUUGUUAUGGAGUAUUGUGGAGCUGGCUCUGUCUCGGACAUAAUUAGAUUACGGAAUAAAACACUAACAGAAGAUGAAAUAGCAACCAUUCUUAAAUCCACACUUAAAGGACUUGAAUAUUUGCACUUCAUGAGAAAAAUACACAGAGAUAUAAAGGCUGGAAACAUCCUCCUUAACACAGAAGGACAUGCAAAAUUAGCUGAUUUUGGAGUGGCUGGCCAAUUAACAGAUACAAUGGCAAAACGAAAUACUGUUAUAGGUACUCCAUUUUGGAUGGCUCCUGAGGUAAUACAAGAGAUUGGUUAUAACUGUGUGGCAGAUAUUUGGUCCCUUGGUAUCACUUCAAUAGAAAUGGCCGAAGGAAAACCUCCAUAUGCUGAUAUACAUCCAAUGAGAGCUAUUUUUAUGAUUCCCACGAAUCCACCGCCAACAUUCCGGAAGCCGGAGCUCUGGUCUGAUGAGUUUACUGAUUUUGUGAAAAAAUGUUUAGUGAAGAAUCCUGAGCAGAGAGCUACUGCAACACAACUCCUACAGCAUACUUUUAUUAAGAAUGCCAAACCAGUCUCAAUUUUAAGAGAUCUGAUCACAGAAGCUAUGGAGAUCAAGGCAAAGAGGCAUGAGGAACAACAAAGGGAGCUGGAAGAGGAGGAAGAAAACUCGGAAGAAGAUGAGCUGGACUCCCACACCAUGGUUAAAACUAAUUCAGAGAGUGCUGGCACAAUGAGGGCCACAAGCACAAUGAGUGAAAGUGCCCAGACAAUGAUUGAACAUAACAGUACCAUGUUAGAAUCAGACUUAGGGACUAUGGUGAUAAAUAGCGAUGAUGAUGAUGAUGAAGAAGAAGAAGAUGGGACUAUGAAAAGAAAUGCUACUUCACCGCAAGUACAAAGACCUUCUUUCAUGGACUACUUUGAUAAACAAGAUUCCAAGAAUAAAAGCCAUGAAAACUGUAAUCAGAAUAUGCCUGAACCCUACCACAUAUCCAAAUAUCCUGAUAACUGGAAAGUCCCUCAAGAUGGAGAUUUUGAUUUUUUAAAAAACCUAAGUUUAGAAGAAUUGCAAAUGAGGUUAACGGCUUUGGACCCUAUGAUGGAACGAGAAAUUGAAGAGCUUCGUCAAAGAUACACAGCGAAGAGGCAGCCUAUCCUGGAUGCAAUGGAUGCAAAGAAACGAAGACAACAGAAUUUCUGA